AUGUCGGCUCCACCAGGAUUCGGUAAUCUUCCGCCUCCGCCAGGGUUUGCUCAACAGCAGCCGAACGGAGAAGGAGAGGAUAGUAGGAUGGAUGGAGAUUUCUUUGGUCAAUUGAGUCAAGACGAAAUUGAAAAGAAGGCUAGAAAAUGGAGACAAUCACAAAAGAGAAGAUUCGAUCCGAAGAGGAGACAAGGUGGUGGUGGUGGAAUAGAUUUCGGUAAAGCUGAUUUACCACCUGAACAUAUUCGAAAGAUCAUAAAAGAUCAUGGUGAUAUGUCAAAUAGGAAAUUCAGGAAUGAUAAGCGUGUACAUUUAGGAGCACUGAAAUAUGUACCUCACGCCGUGAUGAAGUUGUUGGAGAAUAUCCCUAUGCCUUGGGAGCAAGUACGAGAAGUGCCGGUGUUGUAUCAUAUUUCAGGUGCCAUCACAUUCGUGAAUGAGGUGCCUCAAGUGAUUGAACCAGUGUAUCACGCACAAUGGGCAUCAAUGUGGCUCGCGAUGAGGCGAGAGAAGCGAGAUCGACGACAUUUCAAGCGAAUGCGAUUCCCGCCAUUCGACGAUGAAGAACCACCGAUGGAUUAUGGAGAUAACGUAUUAGAUGUGGAACCAUUAGAAGCCAUUCAAUUGGAAUUGGAUGAGGAAGACGAUGAAGCGAUAUUAGAUUGGUUCUAUGAUCCUAAACCAUUAUUGGAUACUCCUCACGUCAAUGGAUCAAGCUACAAAUAUUUCCAAUUAUCUUUACCUCAAUUAGCCAACUUGUAUCGAAUCGGUCGACAGUUAUUAUCGGAUUAUUCAGAUAACAACGCUUUCUACUUAUUCGACAAGAAGAGUUUCUUCACUGCCAAAGCAUUGAAUAUUGCUCUACCUGGUGGACCUAAAUUCGAACCGUUAUAUAGGGAUACUGAAGCAUUCGAUGAAGAUUGGAACGAAUUCAACGAUAUAAACAAAGUUAUCAUUCGUGGUGUGAUCAGAUCCGAAUACAAAGUGGCUUUCCCCCAUUUGUAUAACAGUGUACCUCGAUCAGUCCAUAUUGGACCAUAUCACGAACCUAAGAACGUCUAUAUCAAGACUGACGAUCCGGACCUCCCAGCAUUCUAUUUUGAUCCACUCAUCAACCCCAUCUCUCAACGUGUGGUUCAAGAAGCUCAUACACCGCUGGUAUCCCAUGAAGAUGCUGUGUUCGGAUUUGGUAAUGAGGAAGAUGAAGAGUUUGAGUUACCAGAUGAACUUGAACCAUUCUUAGAUACUAAGGAUCUUAGUAAUGAUAAUACUGCAGAUGCCAUUGCGCUGUAUUGGGCACCAUACCCAUAUAACUUACGAAGUGGGAAAACCAAGAGAGCUCAAGAUGUACCUUUAAUCAAGAAUUUCUAUUUGGAACAUUGUCCAGCCGAUCAACCCGUUAAAAUCAGAGUAUCGUAUCAGAAAUUACUCAAGGUCUACGUUCUCAAUGCCUUACAUCAUAAACGACCUAAAGCAAUGGCAAAGCGAAAUUUAUUUAGAUCGUUGAAAAACACAAAAUUCUUCCAAACCACGAAUCUAGAUUGGGUAGAAGCUGGUUUACAAGUUUGUCGACAAGGUUAUAACAUGUUGAAUCUAUUGAUUCAUCGAAAGAAUUUGAAUUAUCUUCAUUUGGAUUAUAACAUGAAUCUGAAACCUAUCAAGACUCUUACAACGAAAGAAAGGAAGAAGUCAAGAUUCGGAAAUGCUUUCCAUCUCUGUCGAGAAAUUCUGCGAUUGACCAAAUUGAUCGUAGAUGCUCAUGUCCAAUUUAGACUGGGUAAUGUCGAUGCGUUCCAAUUGGCCGAUGGUCUUCAAUAUAUGUUCGCCCACGUUGGUCAGUUAACGGGAAUGUACAGAUACAAGUACAAGUUGAUGAAGCAGAUUAGAAUGUGUAAAGACUUGAAACACUUGAUAUACUCUAGAUUCAACACUGGUCCAGUAGGUAAAGGUCCAGGUGUAGGUUUCUGGGCGCCAGGAUGGAGAGUUUGGCUGUUCUUCAUGAGAGGUAUAGUACCAUUGUUAGAAAGGUGGUUAGGAAAUCUGUUGGCAAGACAAUUCGAAGGUAGAAACUCGAAGGGUACUGCUAAGACUGUGACGAAGCAGAGAGUGGAGUCUCAUUUCGAUUUGGAGUUGCGAGCGGCAGUCAUGCACGAUAUUUUAGAUAUGAUGCCCGAGAGUAUCAAGGCCAACAAAGCGAAGACCAUUCUACAGCACCUUUCUGAAGCUUGGCGAUGCUGGAAAGCCAACAUCCCUUGGAAAGUUCCCGGUAUGCCCGCUGCCAUUGAGAACAUCAUCUUGAGAUACAUCAAGAGCAAGGCCGACUGGUGGAGCUCAGUCGCACACUACAACAGAGAACGAAUAAGACGAGGUGCCACCGUUGACAAGGCCGUCGUCCGAAAGAAUCUCGGUCGAUUGACUCGUCUGUACCUCAAAGCCGAACAGGAAAGACAGAAUGGAUACCUCAAAGACGGUCCUUACAUCUCUUCAGAGGAAGCUGUAGCCAUUUACACAUCUACGGUCCAUUGGUUAGAAUCUAGGAAAUUCGCUCCGAUCCCCUUCCCUCCAUUAUCCUACAAACACGAUACCAAAUUACUCGUACUUGCUUUGGAGAAGCUCAAGGAGGCUUACUCGGUACAUGGUAGAUUGAAUCAAUCGCAGAGAGAAGAAUUAGCUUUGGUAGAACAAGCUUAUGAUAACCCUCACGAAUGUCUAUCCCGAAUCAAGAGAUUACUCUUAACUCAACGAGCGUUCAAAGAAGCUGGUAUAGAAUUCUUCGAUACGUAUGAUAAACUUAUUCCAUGCUAUGAUAUCGAACCUGUCGAGAAGAUUACGGAUGCCUAUUUGGAUCAGUUCUUAUGGUACGAAGCGGAUAAAAGAGGAUUAUUCCCCAAUUGGAUCAAACCUUCAGAUAAUGAACCUCCCCCUCUCUUGGUGUACAAAUGGUGUCAAGGUAUCAACAACCUCACGGAUAUCUGGGAUACUUCAGAUGGAGAAUGUGUGGUCAUGAUGGAGACUGUUCUUUCAAGAGUGUAUGAGAAAGUAGAUUUCACCUUGUUGAACAGGUUGUUGAGGUUGAUCUUGGAUCAUAACUUGGCGGACUAUAUCACUGCUAAGAACAACAUCACUCUCACUUUCAAGGAUAUGUCUCACGUCAACGCCUACGGUAUGAUCCGAGGUCUACAAUUCUCCUCAUUCGUGUUCCAAUUCUACGGUUUGGUGUUGGAUCUUUUGAUCCUUGGUCUCCAAAGAGCGAGUGAGCUUGCUGGACCUCCUGGUGCACCAAAUGGUUUCCUCCAAUUCCGAGACUCCGAGACCGAGACCCGACAUCCUAUCAGGUUCUACACCCGAUACGUCGACCGAAUUCACAUUUUAUUCCGAUUCACCUCCGAUGAAGCGCGAGAUCUUAUCCAACGAUACCUCAGUGCCAACCCUGAUCCGAACAACGAAAAUAUGCACAACUACAACAACAAGCGAUGUUGGCCCAAGGACUGUAGGAUGAGAUUGAACAAGCAUGAUGUCAAUUUGGGUAGAGCAGUAUGGUGGAACGUCAAAUCUUCAUUACCAAGAUCAUUGACUACGAUUGAAUGGGAAGAUUCCUUCUGCUCCGUCUACUCCAAGGAUAAUCCUCAACUCCUAUUCUCCAUGUGUGGUUUCGAAGUUCGAAUCUUACCUAGAAUCAGAACGCAACAUGGAGAACAAUACUCGCUCAAAGAUGGCGUUUGGAACUUGACUCAGGAAUCUACUAAAGAAAGGACCGCUCAAGCUUUCCUCCGAGUUUCCGACCAAGGUGUGAACGACUUCAACAAUCGAAUUAGACAAGUUCUGAUGAGUUCUGGAAGCGCGACUUUCAGUAAGGUGAUCAAUAAGCAAGUCUAUUUCUACUCAUGGAAUACCGCUCUCAUCGGUCUGAUGACAUAUUACCGAGAAGCAGUGGUCCAUACCAACGAAUUACUCGACUCCCUCGUCAAAGCUGAAAAUAAGGUUCAGACCCGAGUCAAGGUAGGAUUGAACUCCAAGAUGCCUUCGAGAUUCCCUCCUUGUGUUUUCUACUCUCCUAAAGAAUUAGGUGGUUUGGGAAUGUUAUCGAUGGGUUUCGUCUUGAUACCUCAAUCCGAUCUUAGAUGGUCAAAACAAACCGAUAGUGGCGGUAUCACCCACUUCCGAUCCGGUAUGACUCACGAGGAAGACCAACUCAUCCCCAACUUGUAUCGAUACCUCCAACCCUGGGAGGCAGAGUUCCUGGACUCUGCUAGAGUAUGGUCCGAAUACGCUAUGAAGAGAAAGGAAGCAACUGCCUCGAAUAGACGAUUGACUUUGGAAGAUUUAGAAGAUUCUUGGGAUAGAGGUAUUCCCCGAGUCAACACUCUGUUCCAGAAAGAUCGACAUACGCUCGCGUACGAUAAGGGAUGGAGAGUCAGAGCGUACUUCUCUCAGUAUUUCAGAUUGAGAAAUCAACCUUUCAUCUGGACCAAUAAUAGGCACGAUGGUAAAUUGUGGAACCUCAACUCAUACCGAGUAGACGUGAUUGCCGCCCUGGGUGGUGUAGAAGGUAUUUUGGAACACUCUCUUUUCAAGGGUACUGCUUUCCCAACCUGGGAAGGUCUCUUCUGGGAGAAAGCAUCUGGUUUCGAGGAAUCUAUGAAGUACAAGAAGCUCACUAAUGCUCAAAGAUCGGGUCUUUCCCAAAUUCCUAAUCGACGGUUCACCAUGUGGUGGUCACCCACGAUCAACCGAGCCAACGUUUAUGUUGGUUUCCAAGUGCAAUUAGAUCUCACUGGAGUCUUCAUGCACGGAAAACUGCCCACACUGAAAAUAUCGUUUAUCCAGAUCUUCAGAGCGCAUUUGUGGCAGAAGAUCCACGAGUCCGUUACGAUGGAUUUAUGUCAAGUGUUCGACCAGGAGCUCGAGGCUUUACAAAUCGAGACCGUCCAAAAGGAAACUAUUCACCCUAGAAAAUCGUACAAGAUGAACUCUUCUGCUUCGGACAUUCUCUUGUUCUCUUCCUACAAGUGGCAGAUAUCCCGACCAUCUUUGCUUACCGAUAACAGAGAUACCUUUGAUGGUACUACCUCUAACAAGUACUGGUUAGAUAUCCAAUUGAGAUGGGGUGAUUUCGAUUCUCACGAUAUCGAACGAUAUGCUCGAGCCAAGUUCCUCGAUUACUCCUCCGACAGUCAAUCGAUCUACCCUUCCCCUACCGGUGUGUUGAUCGCUAUCGACUUGGCAUACAACCUUUACUCGGCAUAUGGUAAUUACUUCCCAGGAAUGAAACCCCUCCUUCAACAAGCUAUGGCCAAGAUCAUGAAAGCCAAUCCUGCCCUUUACGUAUUGAGAGAACGAAUCAGAAAAGGUCUUCAAUUAUAUUCAUCCGAACCUACCGAACCAUAUUUGAACUCUUCCAACUAUUCUGAAUUGUUCUCCAACCAGAUUAUCUGGUUUGUUGACGAUACCAACGUAUAUCGAGUUACCGUCCACAAGACAUUCGAAGGUAACUUGACAACCAAACCUAUCAAUGGUGCAAUCUUCAUUUUCAACCCCCGAACAGGUCAAUUGUUCUUGAAGAUCAUUCAUACAUCAGUAUGGGCUGGUCAGAAACGUUUGGGUCAAUUGGCAAAAUGGAAGACUGCUGAAGAAGUCGCUGCAUUGGUCAGAUCGUUACCCGUUGAAGAACAACCUAAACAGGUUAUCGUCACCAGAAAAGGAAUGUUGGAUCCAUUAGAAGUUCACUUGUUAGAUUUCCCUAACAUCGUUAUCAAAGGUUCAGAGUUGCAGUUGCCUUUCCAAGCUACGUUAAAGAUGGAGAAGUUCGGUGAUUUGAUCUUGCGUGCUACACAACCCCAGAUGGUCUUGUUCAACCUGUACGACGAUUGGCUCAAGUCCAUCUCAUCAUACACCGCUUUCUCGCGACUGAUUCUCAUACUUCGAGCCCUUCAUGUCAACAAUGAGAAAGCCAAGAUCAUCCUUCGUCCAGAUCGAAGCACUAUCACUGAAUCUUACCACAUAUUCCCAUCAUUAAGUGAUGACCAAUGGAUGAGCGUCGAAGUUGCCCUCAAAGAUCUUAUCUUGGCCGACUUCGGUAAACGAAACUCGGUCAAUGUCGCUUCGCUCACCGCUUCCGAAAUUCGAGAUAUCAUCUUGGGUAUGGAGAUCGCUGCUCCAUCGGUUCAGAGACAACAGAUGGCUGAAAUCGAAAAGACCACCGAAGCUCAAUCUCAAGUCACUGCUCUUCAAACCAAGACUACCAACAUCCACGGUGAUGAGAUUGUCGUAACUACCACAACCAACUACGAACAACAGACCUUCGCAUCUAAGUCCGAUUGGAGAGUACGAGCCAUCUCAGCUACCAACUUGCCCUUACGUGUUAACCACAUCUUCGUUGGUAAUGAUGAUGUGAAGGAUGAUGCUGGUUCAUUCACCUAUGUGAUACCCAAGAAUGUCCUCAAGACAUUUAUUGUCAACGGUGAUCUUAGAACCCAAGUUGUAGCUUAUCUUUACGGUGCUAGUCCACCUGAUAAUCCCCAAGUCAAAGAGAUCAAGGCUGUUGCUUGGGUACCUCAGAGAGGAAGUAACAAUGGAGUCGAACUUCCGGCUACUUUACCCAAACAUGAUUUCUUACUUAAAGAUUUAGAACCAUUAGGAUGGAUUAAGACUCAGUCUCAGGAAUUGAACCAUCUCUCACCGGCUGAUGUUACCACUCAAGCUAAGAUCAUGGCCAACCAUUCGGAGUGGGGACCACAAUCGAUCUGCGUAACCUGCGCUUUCACCCCUGGUUCGGUAUCGCUCAACGCAUGGGAAUUGACUGUAGCUGGAUUCGAAUGGGGAAGGAAGAACCAAGAUGUAACAGGACAAAAUCCAGGAUUUAAUCCAUCUAUGGCAAAUAGAGUACAACUCCUUUUGUCAGAUAGGAUUUUGGGUAUGACCCUCGUUCCAGAAGGUGGUGUAUGGAAUUACGGUGUUGGUUUAACUCAAUCGUGGAGCGAUAAGCUACCUUAUAGCAUGACUUUGGAUAAGCCUGAAUCUUUCUGGGCUCCUUGUCAUAGACCUAACGCUUUCCUCAACUUCGCUUCGAUGGAGGGUGACGAUGCUGCUGACGUAGAGAAUAGUCUUGAAUAA